AUAUUGCUUCUCUCCUUCACCCUAGGCUUUGAACGAUCCGCUUCACACAUAGAUCUAUCCAAUAUUUCUUGAAUUUACCUUAUAUAAAAGAUCAUGUCGCCUGUCUUAAUUUCUUAUGUUGUAUGAUCCUCAUAGUUUCUCUCUAUUUCCUCAUUUUCCUUGGUAAGAAAAUGCAGAGGUCGUGGAGCACCAAUUCCCGUGACUCUGAUGAGUUCUCUGUCAAUCUGUCAGAGACUACCACAGCUCUUCCCCUCGCAGCUGCCAGUUACUUGCCAGUGUAUACAUCCAGAUCUGAUGCGGAGAAGAAGGGGACUGAAUUACCGCAUCACAAGUCAACUGCAGAAAAAGCCAUUCACCUUAUCCCUGUUGUGUUAGUUCUGUGCGGUUUGAUUCUUUGGUUUUCUUCUCAUCCAGGUAAACCGUGAUCAAAUAAACGAAGACAAGCAUAUAUAUAUAUAUAUAUAUAUAUAUUGUUUUUUCCUUUUUAUUUUAUAUGUAAUUUUGGUGAUGCAAAUUAUAGCUUUGAUUUCUGACAAGAAGGGAAAUGUAAGGCAAUUAUUUUCAGGCAACAUAUUCUUCCGACUGUUUUUUCCAUUUUAUUUUCAAUUUGUUCCGAUAAAGAAAACUUUAUUUA